GCAUUCGAAUCUCGUACUUCAGUGCCACAAUAGUGGAUAUCACAUUUAGUAGUUUGUUCAAAAGCAAAGACAAAAUAAACACCAGAGAAGAGAAACACUAAACAAAACAAAGUGAAAAUAUAUAGAGAACAAAUCAAGCAGAAACACACUUCCCCAAAAGGAAAGGUACAGAAGAGACCCGUUUUAGUAGUUCAAGGUCAACUAUAAAGCCAUUAAGCUGAUAAGAUGAGUGGACGCGACAACAGAGGAGCCGGUGGCGGCGGAGGCGGCAGUCAUCAACCGCUGAGCAACGCCAUGGGCAAGCUCAAGGAGAAGCUGACACGAGUUGGUGACGAGCUGGGCUAUCAUCGCGUGGAGAGCAAUCUAUCCACCUCGAAUACGGCCACCAGCUUGGACACAAUCCUGCCGGAGGAUCCGUUCCUGUUCCAGGUCUCGCCACAGCGACAUCCACAGACAGUGAGGACACAGCAGCAGCAUCGUUUGCUCGAGGACGAGCCACCGCUAUCGUUCCGCCCCCUGCUCGAGGACGACGACAUCAACGAACCGCCCACCCAACACCAACAGCAGCAACAGCAACAACAAUCACAAAGGACACCGCUGCGUGCGAGUGGCAGCUUGGAGUUGACCCCAUUGCCACCGCCACCCACUUCCCUGGAGAUCCGUGAGCAUCGCGAUCGCCAGCAGCGUAGUGUCCAAGGUGGUGAGGAGUUGCAGCGCAGCAAGCAGAGUCUAAAGGGUUCCCGGGUGUCCUUCGAGCGCAGGGAUACCGGAAGUAGCACAAAGAACAGCAAUAGCAACAACAACGCCGAAUCCAAGCAGCAGGCGGCGGAGAGCAGCGACGAGGAUAGCUUCGAGGAGAGACGCUCGGGAUUCCAGCAACAGAAGGCCACCAGUGUCGAUCACAAGGGCAUCUUGAAGGACCUCAAGCACAUAUUGGCCAACGACAAUCGUCGCCAGUUUCAGGCCAAGAAGCACGUCUCCCUCGACGUCAAGGGCACACGCUUCCUGCAGGAUCUACUCAAAGAGUCAUCCUCGGAGGAGGAGUUCCACAAGACACGUCGCGAGUUUCAGGGACGCAAGCAUCAGAGUUUGGAUCCCAGGGUCACCUUCAAGCUAGACAAGGUCCUGCAAGGCUCCAGCACCGACAGUGACGAGGAGGGCGACGACGCCGAGCACAAGCGUCUCAUCCAUCGUCCCAAGGAUAUCACCAAGCCGGUGAUUAUCGAUCUCAAGGAUCUGGAGAGUGAAAGUGACGAGGAUUUCCACAGCUCCCGCCAGCACUUUCAGCAGCAGCGCUCCAUUAGCACAGAUUCCCGCAAAAGCCGGCGAUUGUACGAGAUGGACGAGAUGGGCAAUAAACGGGAGGGGAAUAUCCGUCAUGCGGUGCCCUUCGUCCGACAGAUAACCGAGGAUGGCAAGCCCAAGCUGGAGGUCUAUCGUCCCACCACAAAUCCCAUCUACAUAUGGACACAGGUCCUGGCUGCUUUGAGCGUUUCUUUGGGCUCCCUGGUGGUUGGCUUUGUCAGUGCCUAUACUUCUCCCGCUUUGGUUUCUAUGACAAAUCCAAAUAUAACAUCAUUUACGGUCACCCCACAAGCUGCUUCCUGGGUUGGUGGCAUCAUGCCCUUGGCUGGCUUGGCCGGUGGCAUUGCCGGCGGACCCUUCAUCGAGUAUCUGGGCAGACGCAACACCAUCCUGGCCACCGCAGUGCCUUUUAUUGUCUCCUGGCUACUGAUUGCCUGUGCGGUGAACAUAGCCAUGGUGCUGGCGGGUCGUUUCCUGGCCGGUUUCUGUGUGGGCAUUGCCUCGCUCUCGUUGCCCGUGUAUCUGGGUGAAACCGUACAGCCGGAGGUGCGUGGCACAUUGGGACUUUUGCCAACGGCCUUUGGUAACAUUGGCAUCCUGCUAUGCUUCGUGGCGGGCACAUAUAUCGACUGGUCAAUGCUGGCCUUUCUGGGUGCAUCUCUGCCAGUGCCAUUCCUGGUCCUGAUGUUCCUCAUACCGGAGACACCGCGUUGGUUCGUGAGUCGCGGACGGGAGGAGCGGGCGAGGAAGGCUUUGGUCUGGCUGCGCGGCAAGGAGGCGGAUGUGGAGCCGGAAUUGAAGGGUUUGAUGCGCUCCCAGGCGGAUGCCGAUCGUCAGGCCACGCAGAACACCAUGUUGGAGCUGUUGAAGAGGAACAAUCUGAAGCCAUUGUCCAUUUCGCUGGGCUUGAUGUUCUUCCAGCAGAUGAGCGGCAUCAAUGCGGUGAUCUUUUACACGGUGCAGAUAUUCAAGGACGCUGGAUCCACCAUUGAUGGCAAUGUGUGCACCAUUAUUGUGGGCAUUGUGAACUUUAUGGCCACGUUUAUAGCCACGUUACUGAUUGAUCGGGCAGGCAGGAAGAUUCUGUUGUAUGUCUCCAACAUAGCCAUGAUCCUGACCCUGUUCGUCUUGGGUGGCUUCUUCUACUGCAAGGCAAAUGGCACAGAUGUGAGUCACUUGGGCUGGCUGCCUCUGAGCUGCUUUGUCAUCUAUAUCCUGGGCUUCUCGCUGGGCUUCGGGCCCAUUCCCUGGCUGAUGAUGGGUGAGAUUUUGCCGGCCAAAAUCAGAGGCUCUGCUGCAUCGGUGGCCACCGCCUUUAACUGGUCCUGCACCUUUGUGGUGACCAAGACCUUCCAGGACAUGAUUGAUUUCAUGGGCGCUCAUGGUGCCUUCUGGCUUUUCGGGGCCAUUUGCUUUGUCGGCCUGUUCUUUGUGAUAAUCUAUGUGCCCGAGACGCAGGGCAAGACCCUGGAGGAUAUUGAGAGGAAGAUGAUGGGCCGUGUGCGUCGCAUGUCCUCGGUGGCCAACAUUAAGCCAUUGUCCUUCAACAUGUAAACAGCAUGUCCAAGCAAGGAUUUGAAAUAGCGAUCAAAUACCAAAUACUAGACUCUAGUGCCUUUUAGUGCUUAAGAAAGAGAGAGAGAGGAGGAUGUGGAAAUCCCAUCCUGGACACUCUGAUAUUGUUAGUCCUAGCAAAAAAACAAAAACAAAAAACAAAACAAAAGAAUUUCCUUUCUACACGCAUAACUUGUUAUAUAUUAUUAUUAUUAUUAUUUAAUAAUCAUUAAGUGCAUAGUUUUAUUAUGUAAAUUAUGAUUUUUAGCACUAAUU